AUGUGGUUACUUCAGAGUCUGAUUUUAAUGAUCGUUUUCGAGGUCCACAGUCUUAACUUGCAAGUAGAGGAGUUUUAUGCCAAGUCCUUUGUUCCGGAUGAAAUCCACAUAUCCUAUGUCAUAGAGAACUUCGAGGUGAUCAACGUGAACCUUACUGUAAGAGUCCCCUUUCCCGGCAAGCUCUUGAUGCACAUCUUUGUGAGGCAACUCUCCAACCAGAUGGGUGGAUCAGACACCAAGGACCUGCUGCGCUUUAGGAACUUGGACCUGUGCAAGAUAUUCGACUCUCUGCGAAAUAUAACUUUGGAGAACAUCCAGGGCGAAAGUGUCCUGCCCUCCACAUUUUUCGUUUCCUGUCCUCUAGUUCCAGGAUUUUAUUAUGUGGAAAAUAGCACUUUUGAUGUUAAACUGGUUCCCUUUCGGAUUCCAGAUGGCAGAUACAUGGCACUGUUGGAACUCAUUCAGGUUUACGAGGAUGUUAUCAAGCUGGUUUCCUGCCGAAUAAAGUUUGUAAUGAAGCGACCACCGGGAUAUAAGGAGCCCUCUAGCUUCGAUAGUAGUGAUGAAGGACAAACUCCAGAAAGAGUCACUAAACCUCAGACCACCACCACCACCCCGAGGACUCAGUCAAGUUCAGAGGUUACUGAGCCAACUGAAGAUCAUUAUGAGAAAGUGACGGAACCAAGUGAAGAUGACUAUGAAGCUCCCAAUGAUUACAACUAA